UUUGGACGGAUGAGAGAUAUUUCGAAGUGUUUUGUCUUCUGUAAGUACCAUUCAAUCUCUGACUUCAAAGCCUUCGUUUGCUCCCGGUCUUUGGUCUUUGGUCUUGGGGGCGAAGGUUCUUAAGCUGCACAACGCGGUGGCUGCCCUUUCCAAUACGGGCUGCCGGUGAUGGCCGACGACAAAGCGCUGAUCACGAUCGCCAGCAGAGAUAGAGAACGAGAUCUAGAGCUUCUAAUUCCCGUCGCCGGCUCGCCAAAUGACGAUGCCUCUUGCAAGCCCUCGUCCUCUUCAACGUCCUCGCAGCAGACUGGCCGUGAGACAUUUUACAGAGUCUUUAGGAGCUGGGCCUCAAAAAAGUUCAUGACCGGAUGUGUCAUCCUAUUUCCAAUUGCAAUAACCUUCUAUAUAACAUGGUGGUUUAUUCAUUUCGUGGAUGGAUUUUUUUCUCCGAUCUAUGCUAAACUUGGAAUCGAUAUCUUUGGUCUUGGAUUUGCAACAUCUGUAACAUUCAUCUUCCUUGUUGGGGUGUUCAUGUCAUCAUGGUUGGGUGCUUCUGUUCUGGCUCUUGGAGAGUGGUUCAUCAAGCGCAUGCCAUUUGUUCGUCAUAUUUAUAAUGCUUCUAAGCAGAUUAGUUCUGCUAUUUCACCAGAUCAAAAUACCAAUGCCUUCAAGGAAGUUGCCAUCAUUAGGCACCCUCGAAUUGGUGAAUAUGCAUUUGGGUUCAUUACUUCAACUGUCACUCUCCAGAGCUAUUCUGGAGAGGAGGAGCUGUGUUGUGUAUAUGUUCCCACCAAUCAUCUUUACAUUGGUGAUGUUUUCCUCGUCAACUCUCAGGAUGUUAUUAGACCAAAUUUAUCAGUUCGGGAAGGAAUCGAAAUCGUUGUGUCUGGAGGCAUGUCGAUGCCGCAGAUACUGUCCAUACUGGAUUCAGAUAUUCGACCAAUUGAUAGUAGAAGAUUGACUAGAAGCUGAGACUCUGAAGAGAUGUACAAUUGCUAGCUGCUAAAAAUCAAUAUACAAUCUUGGGGACACCAAUGUAGUUAUCGGAGACUCGGAGUAGUUGCGUGCCUUCUGGGCAUCGAUACCUAUAGCCGGUAAACCAUACUUUAUGAUAGAAAUUUGAUUCUGGUAGUUGACUUUAUUGUCGUAUCAUAUAUUGGAUAGGGGUGAGAAUACUUUGCUGAUCCAGGAUAGGAAUUGGGUGUGCAUUAGAAUUUUUCGCUUCAUUCUAAUUCAAUCGAGAAUGUAUACUUUAAUGUUGAUGAGUUACAAUAUUCCGUCGCAUCAGAUCAGAUGUAUAUUUGAGGCUGUACAUAUUUCCCCAGCAUUUCUAUGCUUUCAACUUAACUAUGAAAAAGACUUGCCAAUGCCA